AUGUCGGAGGAUAUGUACCCUCAGCAAUGCGCCCAUGCAGCAAGCAACCAUGUUUGUGCCUCACCAAGCUCAGCCAGCUCCGCAGUCACUAAACUAACAACUGUCAUCAGGGACCAUCCAACAAUGCAUACCCUGUCCCCCGCUCCAGGUUCAUAUGUACCUCCUGACCCCUCACAAGUUGGGCAAAAUCCUAACCCAAAGAUGCCCCAAGUCGUUGCUCCGGAAGCUGGAGCCAUAGGAUUUACGCCUAUGUUAACUCCAGGAGUUGCUCCAAGACCUGUUAUAGGUUCUCUUCAACCAGCAAGUCCUCCAACGCAGCAAGCGACCCCUACCCCUGCAGCUGCGCCACCAACUGUUGAGACUGCAGAUACUUCCAACAACUACACCCAAAACUCAACCAUGAUGGGGCUCUCGGAUUCACCAGGAUGUACGGGCUCCUACAUCGACUAUGUAGCUGGUUUGACCAUUUGA